AUGGUGUCCUUCCGCUCUCUCUUCCUUGGCCUUUCCGCCGUCGCCGGCGUCUUCUCUGCUCCCGCCGCUGAGGCCGGCGAGUUGAUUGCCAGGCAGUCUCUCACUUCCAGCCAGACCGGCACCAACAACGGCUACUACUACUCUUUCUGGACCGACGGUGGCGGUGCCGUCACCUACACCAACGGCGCUGCUGGCAAGUACAGCGUCCAGUGGUCCGGCGGCAAUGGAAACUUUGUCGGCGGCAAGGGUUGGAGCACUGGCAGUGCCAGGAACAUCAAGUUCUCGGGUAGCUUCAACCCCAACGGCAACGGCUACCUCUCCGUCUACGGCUGGACCACCAGCCCUCUGAUCGAGUACUACAUCGUCGAGUCGUACGGCGACUACAACCCGGGCUCCGAGGGCACCAAGAAGGGCACCGUCACCUCGGACGGCAGCGUCUACGACAUCUACACCUCGACCCGCACCAACGCUCCUUCGAUCCAGGGCACCGCCACCUUCACUCAGUACUGGUCCAUCCGCCGUAACCACCGCAGCAGCGGCACCGUCACCACCAAGAACCACUUUGACGCCUGGGCCAAGCUCGGCCUCAAGCUCGGCACCCACAACUACCAGAUUGUCGCCACCGAGGGCUACCACAGCUCCGGUUCCUCCAGCAUCACCGUCUCCUAA